AUGUCGCUCCCCCGACGAUCGUACGAUCCGAGACGGGUCUGUCUUAUCCCCCUCCCGCAGAUCCCCGCUUUCCUUCACACUAGCAAGCGUCAGCUCGGCAUCUAUCUCUCUGGCGCUCUCUUCGCGCUCGGAUGGUGGUUCUUCCUCGACGCAACCAUCAUCUCUUCCAUGCGACGACGCCCGCCUCAAGAUCCUACUGUACCCUACGAACCACCAGCGACCUACAUCACCUUUGCCGACUGGGUUCCCGGUCUCUGCGGCACGCUCGGCAUGAUCGUGGUCAAUCUGAUUGACAAGCAGCACUUGACCGAUGUCGGAGCCGCCUUCUCCUUCGGCGGUGGAGGAGGCGGGUUUGCAGGCGACAGCGUGCAGUGGAGAGCUAGGCUGUUUUUGUUCAUUGGGUUUGCGCUCAUGGCGGGUGGACUGGCCGGUAGCAUCACCGUGCUGACGGUCAAGUAUCUCGUGCCAUAUUUACCUGAGGGGUACGAGUACUACGGUGUUGCUAACGUGAUUCAGAACGCUUGCAUCAUGUCGUCCACCGUUCUGCUCUGGCUCAGUCAGAACACGGAAAGCGAGUACGAGUACAACCUUACGCUCUGA